AGGAGUACCAUUAACAGAAUUAAGGCGCAUUUGGGGAGCAAAUGCAAGGAAAAUGGGCAACCAAUUGGUCGGCAUUGCACCGUCGCAAAUUCAUGCGGUGGAACACUACUUUUCUGGCCAAUUUGGCAGCGAAAUCAUCUUCGAGUCGAAUAUGGGCAGCACGCGCUUCUUCAAAGUAGCCAAAGCCCGAACGCUCGAGGGCCUGAUAGUUGUCAAAGUAUUCGUGAAACAUGAUCCAACGCUGCCGCUCGAGGAUCACAAGGAGAGACUGGAGUAUAUUAAGAAGACACUGGCGAAUGCUGUCAACUGUUUGCCCUUCCAAAGGGUUGAGCUCAUUGACAAGGCGGCGUAUAUAAUGCGGGAAUUCGUGAAGCACAGCCUGUACGAUCGCGUCUCCACACGGCCCUUCCUGACGGUCCUCGAGAAAAAGUGGAUCACAUUCCAGAUACUGUGUGCGCUGAAUCAAUGCCACAAGCAAAAAAUUUGUCACGGCGACAUCAAGUUGGAAAACAUUCUGAUCACCUCGUGGAAUUGGAUUCUGCUGUCGGACUUUGCCUCGUACAAGCCCACAUACUUGCCGGAGGACAAUCCGGCCGAUUACACGUACUUCUUCGAUACGAGUCGACGACGCACGUGCUACAUUGCGCCGGAACGUUUUGUCAAGUCGCUCUCGUCGGAGGACGAUGGCAACGUCUCCAUGGUGCCCAACGAUUCAAUCAUACGCCUGGCGCCCACAUACACCGGAAACACCUUAUUGCCAGCCAUGGACAUAUUUUCAGCGGGCUGCGCCUUGCUUGAGCUCUGGACCGAGGGCACAGCGCCCUUCGAGCUGUCUCAACUGCUUGCCUACCGUAGUGGAGAGCGCGAGUUGGUGGAGAAACACUUGCAGGGCAUUGAAAACGAGCGUCUGCGCAACCUGCUGGCCUCCAUGAUAGACGUUAAUUCGAUGAAUCGCAAGAGCGCCGAGGACUACCUGGAUCAGGAGCGUGGCAAACUGUUUCCCGAGUAUUUUUACUCAUUUCUGCAGUUGUAUCUGCAAAUGUUCUCAUCGAUGCCCAUCAUGACACCGGAUGACAAGAUACAGCACCUCCACAAGGACAUAUCCCACUGCAUCAAGGUGCUGACACAGGCGCAGGAUCUGACCCCCGACGACCAGGAGAACGAGUACAGCGCAGAGCAGGAGAAGCAGGAUGCGACGCCUUGUGCGCGACUCCCGCCCGAACAGGAUGGACUUAUACUUAUCAUCACGGUAGUCACCUCCUGCAUUAGAGGCCUCAAACAGUCAACAUCCAAAAUUGCCGCAUUGGAGCUGUUGCAGAAGCUGUCGAAGUACACCACGUCUGAGACAAUACUGGACCGCAUAUUACCUUAUAUUCUGCAUUUGGCGCAAACGCCGACCACAAAUAUGCAGGUGCAGGUGCAAGUGCAGGCCAUCGACACACUGACUGCCUGCCUCAGCAUGGUCAAGGACAUACCACUUAGCGAUGCGAAUGUAUUUCCCGAAUACAUACUGCCCUCCAUAGCCGAUCUGUCCAGCGAGCAGAGUGCGGUGAUUGUGCGCGUAGCCUUUGCCAAGAAUAUUGCCGCAUUGGCCAAAAUAGCAGUUUACUUCCUGGAAGAAACGCAGCGCAACGCGCCCAACGACAUGCCCAUGCAGCGCUACGAAGCUGAGCUGAACGCUCUGCACGACAUUGUGCGCCAAGCCGUGCUCAGUCUGCUGACGGACUCCAAGCCCAUUGUGAAGCAGACGUUGAUGGAGUCGGGCAUCUGCGACUUGUGCGCCUUUUUUGGCAAGGAGAAGGCCAACGAUGUUAUACUUUCCCACAUCAUGACAUUCCUCAACGACGACGAUAAGAACCUGCGUGGCGCCUUCUACGAUAAUAUUGCCGGUGUCGCCGGCUACGUGGGCUGGCAGGCGUCGGACAUAUUGGUGCCGCUGCUGCUGCAGGGCUUCACCGAUCGCGAAGAGUUCGUCAUUGGCAAGGCCAUACGUGCCGUCACCACUCUCAUCGAACUGGGCCACAUCAAGAAGCCCACAGUGACGGAAAUUGUCAAGGAGACCGCCUGCUUUUUGUGUCAUCCGAAUUUGUGGGUUCGUCACGAGAUUUGCGGCAUGAUUGCGACCACAGCGCGCACUCUCAGCGCCAUCGAUGUGCAGUGCAAGAUUAUGCCGGCGAUUGGUCGUUUUCUGAAGGCGCCGCUCAUCCAGGUGGAGAAGCCGCACAUUCUCCUCGACUGUGUGCAGCCGCCUAUACCGCGUCAGGUGUUCGAUAGCGUGCUGCGAUUUCAGGACAUCAAUCGGUUUGUGGCCGCUCUCGAGGAGCGCAACAGAGUGCGCUCCAAGACACGCGCGGGCGCCGUGCCACAAUACGAGGAAAUGGGCCAGACUUUGCUGAACCUCUUCCGACGCCUCAGCUCCGAGGGCUUGACGGACGCUGUCGAGCUGCAACUGCUGGCCAUGAAACCCUUCCUCAUCACGCUGAAGCACAAGGCCCAGCAGUAUGCGGACGAGGCGACCACAGGCAAUGGUCGAAUUAUCAUCAGACGCAAGGAGGCCUGCCACGAGUAUCCGCUGGCGGAUAAGACCAACAAAUUGCCGAUCGAGACACGUCAAAGCGAUGGCCACUUGCCCGCCUUAGUCUCGCCAGCCUCGGAUGUGGCUGUAACGCCAAUUGGUGGCGGCGGGCUGGCGGGUAGUCCUGCCUCCGGGGUGAUGGUGCUCGGAGUACCUCAAACCACCGUGAGCGCGGCCACAUCGCUGGGCGAGUACACGCUGCCGGAGCGCAAUUAUUUGCUCGAGCGCGCCUCGGAGUGUCGCAAGGAUCUGGAGUCACUGCGCCUGAAGAUCAAGAGUCGCUACAAUGUGUUGGCGCUCUCGCAGCGUUGCAGCUAUGACAAGCUGAGCUCGCCCUACCCGAGCAAUUGGCGGCUCAACGGCACCCUAGUAGCACAUUUGCACGAGCAUUCCGAAUCUGUGAUCAAGUUGGCGCCUCUGCGACCGCAUGGCUCGCUCUUUGCGAGCGGCAGCAUCGAUGGAACUGUUCGCCUGUGGGACUGCAGCAAGCUGAACGGCAACCAGGGCAUCAACAAGUCCCGCCAAGUGUACUCAACCAACACGCCCAUCUAUUCAAUCGCCGCCUGCGAUGGCGGCCAGUCCUUGGCCGUUGGUGGCAAGGACGGCAGUCUGCUGAUGAUGCGCAUCGAUCGCAACUCCACCAAGAUGACUUUACAGCACGCCCGGGACCAGACCGAGCACAACGACGGACCCAUUGUGGAUAUGCACGCCUAUGACCAGGCGGCGCCGAGUGUGAUUGUCUAUGCCACGCUGUAUGGCGGCAUUGUGGCUUGGGACACGCGGAUGCAGCACAGCGCUUGGAGGCUGCAGAACGAGCUGCGUCAUGGUGUCAUCACUACCAUUUGUGCCGAUCCCACGGGAUCCUGGCUGGCCACAGGCACCAGUGGAGGCAAACACAUCUGCUGGGAUCUGCGCUUUCGUCUGCCCAUUGCCGAGAUCAAGCAUCCGGCGGACUCGUGGAUUCGCAAGGUGGCCUGCCAUCCCACAGAGCCGUCCUAUUUGAUUUCAGCGUCGCAGUCGAACAACGAGGUCUCGGUGUGGAACAUUGAGUCGGGCCAGCGGCAGGCGGUGCUGUGGGCCAGCUCUGCUCCCGUCCUGACCAAUACAAGCCUCAAUGAUCCGGCCACCACCUGCGGCGUUCUCAGCGGCGUCGUCGAUGGCUCGCCAUUCAUACUGACGGGCAGCUCGGAUCAGCGCAUCAGGUAUUGGGACAUAGCUUCGCCAAAAAACUCGGCCCUCAAAGUACCAGCUGCGAAUGAUAAUCUACAGGAGGUUGCCUUCAGCUACAACGCGCGCCUUAUUGAUGGUAGCCAGGUAAUUGAGGAGCAGAUCAUACCCCUAAACAAUGCCGGAGAUGCGCAUCAAAUGCGCUCAUCGACGGAGGAGAAUCCCAGAUCAGGUCCGGACAUGCCUACGGCCAGCCAUCACGAUGCCAUCACAGACCUGCUCAUGUGCAAGGACAAGGGACAGAUCUAUAUAGCGUCAGCGUCCCGAGAUGGCGUCAUCAAGCUAUGGAAAUAGGCAUCGACAAAUGCAUCUAUAUAAACCAUUUUCCAACUGUGAUUCUCGAUUAAGCCGCCUUAUGUGCAACGAGUGCUUAGACAAAGUGUUAAUUAUGUAUGUCUAAAGUCUUGGAGGGUCUUCCAAUUCUAAAGCUAGACACAAUUGACCAAAGCUUGACAAUUCUACAAAUUGCAAGAAUUAUAAAAUAAUUCGAAAGUAGAGGCGAUCGACCUCAAAAGAAUUGACAUGAGCAUCCAACCAUUGCAAAACAUCAAUCGAAAAAUGAUGAUAUAUACUUAUGUCCAUAUAUGUAUAUACCUUUGUAUGGUCUACCCUUUUAACCACUUUGAGAGACGGCUUCUGCAAUAAAAAUGUAGCACUCUAGUAAUAGUAAUUGUAAGAAAAAUGUUCAAAGCAAUGCCAACAGCAUCCAACCAUUGCUGAACAUCAAACACAAUUUUAAGAGAUAUGUCAUGAUCGGAUCGCAUUGGAAAGGAGAGAAUGUUACUAGUAUUUAUCAUCUAUAUAUGCACAUAUGUAUAUUUUUGUAUUGCGUCUAUCCUUUACUCAAUUAUAGCCAUUUGAAGAUGUGGCUUCUACAAUAAAAAUAAAACACAUUAUAAACAAACGA